AUGGCUACACGAGGAGAACGAGGUGUUAAUAGAGUUUUAGAUAAGUUAGAGGCAUCAGUUAAUUCAGGCCAAUACUAUGAAGCACAUCAAAUGUAUAGAACAUUGUAUUUCAGAUAUUUAAGUCAAAAAAAGUAUGAAGAUCUACUUAAUUUGCUGUAUAAAGGAUCAACGUUAUUAUUACAACGCGACCAACAAGGUAGUGGUGCAGAUUUAGCAAUUUUACUUAUAGAUGUUCUAACAAAAUCAGAAACGAAACCAUGUGAAGAAUGGAUGGAGAAAAUAGCAAAGUUAUUUGAACUUAUGAGCUCUGGAAUACCUGAACGAGAAACAUACUUAACUAAUGCAGUGAAAUGGUCAAUGGAUAGCAGUAAAAAAGGACAUCCUCUACUUCACAAAAAAAUAGCAGAAGUGUACUGGAAGGAAAAAAAGUAUACAGCAGCACACAAACAUUUCCUACACUCCAGUGAUGGAUCAGCAUAUGCUAGCAUGUUGAUAGAAUUGCACACAACUAAAGGACUUAAAUCAGAAAUAGAUUUAUUUAUAGCACAGGCUGUUUUACAAUUUCUUUGCUUAAGAAACAUCCAAAUGGCAACUGAAACAUUUAACAAAUAUACUGGCUCACAUCCAACAAUAAAAAAUGAGAAAGGCCCUCCAUAUUUAUUCCCAUUACUAAACUUUUUAUGGUUCUUACUCCGAGCUAUUGAACAGAAACAUGCAAGCCAAUUCAAAAUACUAAGAAACUGGUAUGCAAUAAGCAUAAAGCGAGACCCAAAUUAUUCAGUAUAUUUGGACAAUAUUGGGCGCAUUUGGUUUGGCAUUGAAAUACCACACGAUACAAGGAACCCAAAUUCUGUAUUUGGUGGAUUACUAAAAUCAAUCAUUGGGGACCUUGACAGCUCUGAUGAAGAUGGUGACUACACUGGACGAAAUACUACAGCACCGGAUUUAGAUUAG